AUGAAGAAACUUAGCGUCACUGAGUUGCUUGGAACACGACAGAUUGAAAGAUCUUGCACUGUUCGGCACCAAGAAAUUGCAAUGUUUUUGCGUAAAAUGAUUCAAAGUGCUAGGAAAACUGAGGUUGUUGAUGUAGGCGCUGAGCUCAUGAAGCUUACAAAUAAUGUUAUUUGCAGGGUGGUGGCCAGUACGAGCUGUUCCGAGGAAGAUAAUGAGGCAAAGAGGAUUAAAGAGCUUUUGAAAAGGUCUGCUGAGCUAAUCGGGAAAAUGAGUUUUGCUAAUUCGUUGGGACCAUUGAAGAAAUUUGGGUUUUGGUUAUAUAGAAAAGAAGCAAAGGACUUGAAUGCAAGGCAUGAUGAGUUGAUGGAGAAGCUAUUGAGGAAGCAUGAAGAGAAAGCAAAGAACAAUGGAGGUGAUAUUGAUAGAGAUGCUAAUAACGAUUUUAAGAGUGAAGAAUUGGGGGAGGAAUCUCUAUCACUUCAAGCCAAUGAAGGAACUGGAAUUUAA